GAUAUGCGUUUACGAUAAGGAUUGCUUGUCGAUAAAAUGAGAAACGUUAAAAUUAAAACAAUUUAUAGGCAAUUCAGUAACUAGAUAGAAAAUAGAAAUGGACACCUUGAUGGUAGCAUUCAUGGUGAUCUAAGAUAUAAUGGAUACAUUAUUUUUUCAGGACGAUCAUUUGAAGUAGUGCGAAAAAUUAAUUUUGAAAACUUGGUACAGUAUAAAAUGACAUUUUCCUACAAGUUGGAGUGAUCGGCACAGGGUUUAGGAUCACAGGUUAAAGCAGGUGCAGGUUAAAGCACUAUUCGGGAUGACGUAAAAGAAAAAAAAUUGGCAAAAAAAAAUUUCGGCUUGACGUCGACUUCUGGGACACCCUGUAUAUAUAAAUUGAUAAUGUACAGAAAGAUUCAAACUCAUAUCGCACCCUUCAAUUCUGUGUUGUCAAUUGAAAAAGACAUGGCCAACUACUGCCAGUACAAAAUGGGUUUCAGUCAGAAAAUAAAAAUGAUAGAUAGAGUUUUGCCUUCUAAAUUUCAUUGCCAGCCAGAUCGCUGUAAAAGAAUUUGUGAGCCUAGUACUUCUCGUUCUGCCUUUGCAAAACGGCAAAGAAUCAACCUCAUUGAGCAAUGUGAAGCUGAAAUCUGUCAGCCAGCAGGCACUGUGGAUAAAUCUCAUGAAGAAAACAUGGAACAUAUAAUAACGGAACCGUCAACAUCAGAGAAAUCUACAACCACAGAUCCGAUUACAAUUGCUGAAAAUUUUCCACGCAAUCCUAUACGGUGUUCUAAGUGGGCAGCGAUUAUUGGAAGAUCCCGAGGUGAAGAAUUUUACAAGCCAAGGAGAGGGUCCGUUGUCUGUUCCGAUCACUUUCCUGAGUCGGACAUGUACACAACAACUAAAGGUUUCAGAAGACUCAUCAGAAGUGCAAAACCAACUUUGCUUUUGCAAGACAAUAAAGCGAGUAAUGAUAAUAUUAUCAUUAAACAGGAAUUAAUCGAAAUAGAAGAAGAAACGAUUGGAUCUGCUCACCUGGUGCCACAGGCGGAUCAAGAAUAUUUUAUGAAUAGUGAAUCAAGUUACCAGCCUUUACACCAGGACGUGAAUGUAGAAAUAAAGAGACAGUCUCCUUCAUCUUCCUUGAGUAUUGGAUCUAUUUUAAACACUCCCAGAGAAGUUGUUAUGAAGAAAAAAAUAGAAACGCUUGAAAAAAGGAUCAUAGACAAAAACAAGAAAAUAGACGCACUGCGAAAACAGAAUAAAAGACUUGCUAAGAGGAAUAUAAGUUUGAAGACUGCAUUGUCCGCUUUUAAAAAAAGGAGUAGAAUUGUCGUAUCGAAUAAAAAAUUACAAAGCCAAAAAUUACAAUAAAUAAUCAAGGUAAAAUUUAGAGUUUAAAAAUAUAUUUUUUUAUUUUA